GAUAAACUCGCAUUACGUUCUCUGGGAUCAGUUUCUCUAUCUUAACCUUUGCAAGAAGCUCAAACUGCAUUCUUGUGGUUGUUGUCUCAGACUUGGUUUAGAUAAUAUGAGGUACUAUAUAUAUUUCAGUUUCAUUUUUGGGUCUUUUUAGGUAUAUAAAUCAAUUUCCUUUUUGAUGAGGUAUUUCCUCUUUUUAGCUUUCUUAAAAGGGAUGGACUAAAUGAUUUCCAUUAUUUGAAAAGGUUUUCACUCAUUUUUUUCUUUCGAAGCUUGUUUCCUUCAUUUUUUUGCCAAGUCUGUUCUUGUAUAUAUACGGACGGAUAUUAUUGACCUUGAUUGAUUAACGAAACGAUCAAUUCAGAAGAAGAAACGAGAAAGCUUGAGAAACAAGCAACUUAAUAGAUCGUUUCCUAACUUGUCUCAACGCCUUGGCUUUAUACGUUCUCUCAAGAGCUCAUCUCUUUUUUUUUUUGUUCUUCAUCGUUGGUGUUGCGGCUUAAUUCGAAGAUGGACAUGAUUAGUCAACUUUCAGAAGACUUGAUCUUUAGAAUACUGUCGCUUGUUCCGACAACCGACGUCCUGGCCAUGAGCUGUGUGUCGACAAGAUGGCGGUCUCUUUGGAAUCUAGUUUCGAGACUUGAGUUUGAUGAUAACAAUCAUCAGAAUUACCAUAAGCGCUUCUCGCAGUUUGUUUACAAAACUUUGCUUUCAAACAAGGCCCCUGUUCUAGAGAAGUUGAGUCUCACGCUAGGUCCUAAGUGUCACGCCGUAGAUGUUGGGAUAUGGAUUGGUAUUGCGGUUUCUCACCGCCUGCGCAAUCUCAUAGUCAAUAUGGGGACAGGGUCAGGGCCGGUCACUUUGCCGAGUAGCCUAUUCACAUGUGAAAUACUAGAGACCUUGGGGCUAGCACGUUGCCUUGUUUCGGAUGUUCCCUGUUUUCUCCCGUCCCUGGAGAGGUUGAGCCUUACCGAUGUGGAUUACACAUCUCUUCCUAAGCUUUUACCCGGUUGUCCUAAUCUCGUAUUACUUAUAUUUAAGGUGAUAGAAGACCAGAGAGAGGUCGACAUCACUGUCGCCGCGCCUGCUUCUUUACGAAUAUUGGAGUUGUACGACGUAAGAAACGGAAGUAAGGGUGGUGUGCAUGUGAUAGAAGCUCCUAGUCUCAUGUUCCUUAAGAUCGUCGAUGAUGUUGCUUACGACUCCCGCCGAAUCAAGAAUAUGCCUAAUUUGAUGGCAGCACAUGUUGACAUCACUCAAGGAGUAACCCACAGGUUUUUGCGAGCUCUUGCUUCUGCCCGCCGCCUUUACCUAUGUGUAUCACUACUUUCGGAGGUUCCUACUAUGAUCAUCCACUUCUCACCCAAAUGCUCCAAAGUUCCCCCAGACUAGCAUCUCUCAAACUCACCGAUGAACAUGAGCUUGAGUUUUCUAGCGAAGAAACUCCGGAUUGCUGGAAGCCGCCGAGUUCUGUUCCCAACAGUCUUGAAACUUUUGCGUGGAGCGGUUACAAAGGACGACGAGGAGAUGUAGAGAUGGCUACGUAUUUCUUAAA